UAAAGCUAUUGAUUUAUUGUUUUGGUUUAGGUCUUGAAGAGGAGAGAAGUAAGAAUGGCGUCGACGGUGUCUUAUUACGUGUCAUCACCGGAGGCGGCGAGGAAAAGAUCAUCGACGCCGCAGAGAUCACUGACUUCUGAAAAUGGGGAGAAACUUACAUAUAUUAGAUUUCUUGUCUCCAAUGCCGCGGCUGGUUCUGUAAUUGGAAAGGGUGGUUCAACAAUUACUGAUUUCCAGUCAAAAUCGGGAGCUCAAAUUCAGUUGUCGCGUAAUCAUGAAUUUUUCCCGGGAACAUCAGAUAGGAUCAUUAUGGUCUCUGGAACAGUUGAUGAAAUACUCAAAGUUACGGAACUUAUACUUGCGAAAUUAUUGAAUGAGCUCAAUCUUGAAGAUAAUGAUGAUACUGAACCAAGAACAAAAAAAAAAUGGCUAACAAAGGUGAGGCUAAUUGUUCCCAAUAGCUCUUGCGGCAGCAUAAUUGGGAAAGGAGGGGCUACCAUAAAGUCAUUUAAUGAAGAUUCCCAAGCUGGCAUUAAGAUAUCUCCUCAGGAUAACAAUUUUUACGGCUUGAAUGAUAGGCUAGUGAUACUAACUGGUACUCUAGAUGAGCAGAUGCGAGCAAUUGAAUUGGUUCUGUCUAAGCUUAGUGAAUUCCUUCACUACUCGCAAGCUAUAAAUGCUCCAUUUUCAUAUGAGGGUGUUUUCUUCUCCGGUUUUCAUGGUAUUCCAUAUGCAUAUGUGCUUCCUUAUGCUGCAACAGCGACUUACAAUUCAAUGAGCUAUCCACCGAAUGGGACUGGAGGGAAGUUUCCGAAUCAAAAGGAGGAUCAUAGCAACUCUAUCGCUGUUGGUGUUUCAGAUGGCCAUAUCGGGCUGGUUCUUGGUCGCAGUGGGAGGAAUAUCAUGGAAAUUAGUCAGGUAAGUGUGACAAGGAUAAAAAUAUCGGACAGAGGCGACUUCAUGUCUGGAACAACAGAUAGGAAAGUGACAAUCACCGGAUCCCAGAUAGCAGUCCGUCAAGCUGAGUCCAUGAUAAUGCAGCAGAAGGUGGCUAAUGCCACUCAGAGGAUAAUGACUUAGUUUUCCGGUUAUCCGAACCAUUCUUGUCGAGUCUGUUGAUAGAACUGCUUACAACUUCCUCAUAUAGUUUUGACUAGAAACAUAUCGUCAUGAGUUGACAAAGCCAACAACAUUGACGCUAGCUGUAAGAAGGGGAAAUUUUUUUAUCAAACAGAGCUCUUAUUAGGUAUUCUUCGGAACACAGAGACUAAAUUUUUUGAUUUUUUUUUCCUUUUAAGAGAAAAAGGAUGUUGGAAUAGAUUGUCGUAGCUCGACUGAGAAUUCGAAUUAGCAUUAUGUGAUUUGGUUAAAUAAAUUGUAAUAAGUGUUUGUAGUUAACUCGUGGUAUAUUAUCUUGUAUGUUGCUUAUGCUUUCGGUAAAACAUCUGAAUAAUUGUAGUUU